AUGGCGGAGGGAGCGCCGCUGCUGCGGCUGUCUGAAGGCGACGUCGACCGGGACCCCGCGGCGGCCUUGCAGAAGUUGACGGAGGCCCUAGAAGAGCAGCCAGAUAACGCGGGGUAUUACUGUCAGCGAGCUUAUGCUCACAUUCUUCUUCAGAAUUACCAUGAUGCCAUUACGGAUGCAAAGAAGUCCCUGGCGCUCGACCCCAGGAAUGCCACAGCCUUUCUCAGACAAGGGAUAGGUGAAUACCACUUGAAGAGCUAUGGUGCUGCGAUGAACACUUUCAGUGAAGGACAGAAUCUGGAUAAUGCAGGCGAGAUGUUUACUGUCUGGAUUAAAAGAUGCGAAGAAGCCCUUAACACGAACUCCCAGGCUGAAGUGCCAUCACAGCCUCCUAAGAUCAAGCACGACUGGUACCAAACAGAAUCUCACGUAAUAGUUACGAUUAUGGUCAAGAAUGCAAAGGAGGAUGGUGUAAAUAUACAGUUUUCAGAGAAGGAGCUAAACGCCUUGGUGAGGGUUUCCUCAGAGGAAGAUUACAGAUUCAAGCUUCAUCUUCUACACCCCAUAGUUCCAGAGCAAAGUACAUUCAGAGUGCUUUCGACAAAGAUUGAGAUAAAGCUGAAGAAGCCGGAGGCUCUGCGAUGGGAGAAACUGGAGGGAAGCGGAGGUUCUCCAAAGCUAAAACAUUUCCCCCCAGAUUCCAUGGUCUAUCCGUCAUCCUCCCAUUAUACGAAAAAUUGGGACAAACUGGUGGGUGAGAUCAAAGAAGAGGAGAAGAACGAGAAGCUGGAGGGCGACGCGGCUUUAAACAAACUUUUCCAGCAGAUCUACUCCGACGGUACCGAUGAAGUCAGGCGCGCCAUGAAUAAAUCUUUUAUGGAGUCAGGUGGGACCGUUUUGAGCACAAACUGGUCAGAUGUGGGCAAGAGGAAAGUGGAGGUCAACCCACCGGAGGACAUGGAGUGGAAGAAAUUCUGACCUGCUCCUGUGCCA